CCUAAUAUUUAUUUGUUUCCAUAUCUAUAUGUUAUUUGAUUCAACAACCAAGUUCAUUUGAAAGAAAAUGGAGAAAUUUUUGUUGAUGUCUUUCUUGUUUUUAGCAAUUACAAUAAUAUUGCCUUCAACUCAUGGGCUUGAUCAAAGUCCUAAAGGAGUGGACAAAUGGUUCAAGAACCUUCCCCAUGCAAAAACAAAAAUGACCAAACUUCACUUUUACUUUCAUGAUAUUGUGACUGCAAAGAGUCCAUCAGCAAUCCAAAUAGCGCAAGCCAAUAAUACAUUUCAAUCACCAACAUUUUUUGGCUUGGUAAGGAUGAUGGACAAUCCGUUGACGGUUAACCCCGAGCCCGACUCCAAAAUAAUAGGCCGAGCCCAAGGGAUUUAUGGCUCAGCUUCGUUUGAAGAUAUAGGCCUUCUUAUGACUCUCAACCUUGUGUUCACAAAUGGUAAGUACAAUGGUAGCACGCUUAGUAUCCUUGGGCACAAUCAGGUAUUUCACGAGUAUCGAGAGAUGCCAAUUGUUGGUGGUUCCGGUGUUUUUAGGCUAGCAAAAGGCAUCGCCACCGCGAAAACCUACCAAGUUGAUAACACCACACAAAAUGCAAUAGUUGAAUACCAUGUUGUGGUUUUGCAUUAUUGAAGUUCACUCUUUUGUUCAUUAUGUGUUCUUGAUCGUGGCCUGUUGACUUUCCAAUAAUGUGAAUUUGUAUAAUAAAGAAAUAAAGUAAUGUUUGUCAAUUCCCUGUUGGGAUUCAUCCAGUA